UAGCAAGGUUUAAAUGUGCCUAUGUUAACCACAUUGCACAUACAGGAAGCUCAGAGCAAUGCAGUCCACCUCUUACGUUUCCGUGAAAUCAUACCUCAGAAGGCUGCUUUUAACAUCAACAUGAAGACACUGUGUCUACUUUUGCUUUUACAUACAAGCCUUCAGCUCCAGUGUGACAAAAAAGAGAUCAGAGCACAUAUUGGAGGUGAAUUUAUUAUUGUCUGCAAGUACGACCGCAGACGUUUCCUGUUCAGCAAGAAGUACUGGUGCAGAGGAGCCUCCAGUAGUACCUGUGAGAUUUUGCGGGACACAGAUGGCGUUGCAAACACCCAUUACACACGCAGGUUGAGCAUUUUGGACACUAGAAGAGGUGGGCUCAUUGUGAAGGUAACAAAUCUACAAAUUGAGGACACUGAUGUUUAUUGGAUUGGGAUCGACAAACUAUAUGCUGACAUAAUGAUGUCAGUCAAUGUGGUUGUUACUGAAGUUCCAGUGGGUAAGCCCAGACUUUGGCCCCUGACCCCUCUGGUGGACGGUCCAACAUGCUGGGGGAAGCCAGUAACCAUCCGCUGUGGUUGUACACUGGGCACCGAUGUGUUUUAUGCCUGGUAUCAGCACAUUCACCACAAACGUUUGCUGCUCCUCAGCUCUUCCGAUUUAAGUUUACACUGCGGUACGGUAAUGGAGGACAGCGAGUAUUACUGCUCUGCCAGUAACAGCAUCAGCAGCGAGCAGAGUGAUACCCUCUCUGUUCAGGUCCUCAUGCCGGCCAACAGCAGCUGCAUCUAUGUUGUUAAUAUUCAGGGGCAGUCUAUCUAUGACUGUGCAGACAGAAUGAGGACCACCAUGGCUGAAACUUCAUCAACAACAACAACCUGCAUUGAAACCACAAAGAUCAACUCUGACACAUCAGAGCAGUUUUUACAAGUAAAUCAAACUGCUAUGCAUGUGUUUUUAAGCAGAGCGUGGACUGGAGCACCACUCUGGUAUGAGCUGCUGCGAUGGGGUUUUUUCACAGUCUUACUCAUAAGUGUGUGCAUUUUUAUCAGCUGUACAAAAACAAGACAUAAGAAACAUGGCAGAGAAAGGAAAAAGUUGAAUGUAUGGUAAAAUCCAGUUUUUGUUAAUUUUAGCUUCAUUUUUUAACACAUUUAGAAACAACAAAGUUCACCAAUGUGUUUCACAAUAAAGCCACAUGAAGAAUAAAAUAAACACAGAAUAAAACUAAUAAGUAAAAAAUAUCAACAAGGAAUUAAGGAAUGGAGUGCUCUUAAAGGUGUGUGAAUUAUGAGGAGAUACAAUAGAAAAGAUGGAUGAGACUAUAUAAAAAAAUUUAAAAGCAGGCAAUAAAGUUUACAAAUCUAUAUAAAAACAUGGAGGAACUCAAUGGUAUAAAUUCAUGUUAUUUUGGUCCCGGUUAAAAGAAAAUCUGUUGCAGUCUGGACAGUUCGGUAGUGGAAUCAAUGUGCCUGAAUGGUGUCGGCAUAUCAAUGAAAAGGAAUCUUGUGCUUCCCAAAAAAACAUCUUCCAGAGGCGUUAUAUAUGAAAUAAACAGCUAUGGACUGCCGGGUGCAGCAUUUGUAGUAAUAGACUUGCACUUUACAAUGAUAGUUCUUUUAAAGUUGUCAGACUCUAGAACACAGGAAUCAGAACCAUGUAUAAUAAAAAUAUUCUGUAAUGUACCAAGAUCCAAUGGUUUAAGCACAUCAAUGAGAAAUUAUUUGUUUACACAUAAAAAACAGAAGUAGAGGAUAUGAAAUAGUGGUCAUAAAUGCAAAGUACAAUUUGGCCCAACCGAUUUUUGAUUGUAUUUAUGACUGAGAUUUGCUGUUAACAUUCCAUGAUGUGCAAAUUAGUGUUUAAUAAUAAUCGGUUACCUUGUUACUAUUUUAUAUGUACUGAACAUUUCUGAAUCCUAUGUUCUGCUUUGUAUCUUCUAUGUAAAAACGUUCAGAUUUUUUUGUUGUUGCCAAACUUUGUAUUUACUCCAGUAAAGUCCUAUUGAGGAGUAUGCAGUUGUUGCAGCUGAAAUGUAGGUGGCUAUAAACUAAUUACAGUUCAAUAGAGUUUUCAAAUUUUAUGACAGGGUGUACAGGUUUGUAAGGCAAGUAUUUUUAUUAUUGCAAAAGACAUUUUUAUUAUUGCAAAUGACAUAUGUUUGUAUACUUGGAAAACUUACACAAUUGCAAUUACAAAAUGUUAAUGUUUACAGUACAUUUUGUUUGAUCUGGUUACAUAAAUACACAAAUAUACAUAUAUCAUCAAUAUAUUAUUAUCUGAUAUAGAUCAACAAUCUCUAGCUGACUGGUAAAUGUACUUGCUGGGCUGGGUACACCUUAUCAUGCUCUAGGAGUGUCCCGUUUGCUGAGCUCAAACAUUGGAAAAUGGUUUUUACAGGACUUCUAGAAAUGUUCAGUUACCUUCACAUUCAUUGUACAAAUGGUAUCUCCCUCAGCUUAUCUUUUGUUAAUAUGACAUGUA